AUGGAGCUGUUCAAGAUGUUGGGAUCAGUCUUGCCAGCCCUGCGGGAGCAGGAGGCAGCAGUUGAGAAGUACCAGCUCGAAGGGGUGGACGCGCAGCUGCAGAGAGUGAAGGUCAACGCGGCAAAAGACUGGGAGCAGAGAACCCAGCUACCUCUUGCUGCCCAGCACACGAUCCGGGCUGCCGAUGUGGAGGCUUGGAAGGUUCAAAAGUUAGUGCUGCAUGUAGGCAUGCACGUCGUAACGCAGAACACGGAGCUGUGUGCGAGCGCCCAGGAGAGCCAGCAGAGCCUGCCGCGCCGGUGGCGGGAGGACCCCGCGCUGCCCAUCGGGGGCGGGCGGGGCGAGGGGCGGGGCGAAGGGCGCGUGGGCGGCGCUCGAGGGUCGGGCGAGAAGGAGUGUCCAUCGGCGUCGGCUAGCUUCUACAAGGGCCCGCAGGAAGCGAAGGUCCGGAAGCGCAAGCCUGUGCCUCCUGGACCAGACCACGUCCUCGCGUACUGCGUCCAGAUGCUGAACGCCUGGUUCGGGCAGCGGGACCUCCCGGCCCUGGAGCGCGGCGAGGCGUUCCAGCGGCCCGAGGCCGGCGGCGCCACGGUCCAGUACUCGUUCGACGCCUCGACGUACAGCAGGGUGAAGCCGGAGAGCCACUGGCACCAGGCGUGGCACGGCACGUGGUUCUACGCGAUCUGGUCCAUCCUGUCCAACGGCGUGCUCAUCCGGUCGGACGACGAGAGCAAGGGCCACGAGUUCUGGGUGCCAGGCGUGUUCUGCUCCCCGAACUUCUCCACGGCCCGCGAGUACGCGCGCGCCCACGCCCUGUUUGGCGACGGCCUGUACCACCGCGUCGUGCUCGAGCUGCGCGUGGACCCGUCUCGGCAGCAGGAGAACCGCCAGAGGGGCGGCGUGCAGUGGGUCUUCCCCGAGGACGCCGUGGCCCUGCACCGCGUCGUGGUGCUGCCGAACGACCCCCAGCAGACCGGCGAGGAGCGCCUCGACGCGUGGACCCCCGAGGACGAGGCGCUCCCGACCGGCAGGACCCGGCCGCCGCCGCUAGCUGACGAGGGCCGCGCUCGUGGCUGCGAGGGGCCUCCACCGAGCGAGGAGGGAGGGCCCCCGGCGGGCGGCGCAGGGACCACGCGGCGGCCGCGGGGCACCGGCUCGCGGUGGACGCCCAGGCCUCGGGCCGCAUGA